UUCAGUUCAAUUCAGAACCCUUGUGCUGAGUUCAUCUCCGAGUACCAGAGACAUCUUCCGCAGAUCAUCGAGCAAUUUCCAGAAAACAAAAAACGACUGGCAAUCAAUGCCUCCCUGUUUAAAGUGCUAACAAAUCCCCUAUCCAAUUGGUUUUACUUAGUUAAAAAAUAAACAAAGAAAAAACCAAAAACAUUCUGGGACAUAUUUCGAUCAGUGCGAAAUAUCCCCAAUAAACCCAAUUGUUGCGGACUUUAAGUUUGGCCUUUGAAUGCUGCUGCUGCUGAACGGAAAAACCAUCAACCUCGAUCAGCAUUUCACAGAGUGCUGGAAGCUAAGCUUAUUAAGAAACUUUGACUUGUUCUCCCUCCUGAGUGCUAUUUCCCUAACCGCUACUAAGAUGGCCGCCAUUCCCCAAGGUGCAUUCGCUGCCUGCAAGAUCCGCGAGCAAUUCAACGAACGCGAGAUGAUCGUCGCCCGUCUGAGGUCCGCUGCCUCCGAUAAGGGUUCCGUUGACAACGGCAACUCGCUAACCCAACGCGAGUACUCCCCGAACAAAUACAACGACAAGCUAAUGAACUCCAUCUGGGGCCUGUACAAUCGCUAUUCCCCCCAUAAUGUGAAGAAGAACGAGUACGCCCCCACCAAGUGAGGACCUAAAAGGGGGGCACUCCGGCUUCCUCAAGGUCCAGCUGUAGUGCCCCCCACCUCCUGCCAGCAUCCCCACCCAGGAUGUUGGCCCCACUCACCUAUAUACUCAAAAAACUAUAAUCUCAUACACUAUAAUCUCAGUAAAUUUAAAACACUUGAAAACCGUUGGUAACAAAUAUAUACCUUUUUAGUUAUAUUAAAUGUCUAUGAUAUUGUAUGUAAAAGGCACACAAAUCCAAGAAGCCUUAUUUAACUUAAUCAAUCAAAGCUAUAUCCUCACACACUAUAAUCUCAAUCGAACGUAGAAAAGCGUUGGUAACAAAUAUCUAUUUAAUUCUGUAAUGUUUGUAAAUUUCAAUAAAUACUUAUGAUAUUGUA